CUGAGAAUCCCCGCCCGUUGAUCUCCGUCAUGAAAAAUGAGCAUACUGCGUACCUUUUAUUCUGUGACUCCAACUACAUUAUUCUGAAUUAACUUCAAAACUCUUAAGACAUGAGAACACCUGCCACACAGACCACUGAAGGGAAGAAUUCUUUUCAUGUUUUAUAACCGUCUCUGGUUACAUUUCUUGACUUAAGGAGAAGCCAGCUGUUUUGCACAUAGUGGUGCAGUGUUUUGGCUUCACCAUGCGUUCCUGUCGAUCCUUCGAUGUCCGGGUCCUGGUGACUAUUGUGUGUGGUUUGCUGACGGGCAUUGUUUUGGGACUGGGCAUCUGGAGGAUGGUCGUAAGGAUCAACAGAGGGUCAUCUGUUUCUGUGUCAAGCACCCCUGUACAGUUCUGCAGGAAUGGUGGAACCUGGCAAAAUGGCAGAUGCAUUUGUACUGAAGAGUGGAGAGGACUCAGAUGUACAAUCGCUAAUUUCUGUGAAAAUAGUACCUUCAUGGGCUUCACCUUCGGCAGAAUCCCAGUGGGCAGAUAUGGACCUUCUUUGCAAACAUGUGGACCAAACACUGUAAAUGCGGGCCAGCCUCAAGCAACUCGGCUGUGUGGUGUUUCUGAGUAUGGAGUGAUAGAAGCCCUAAAUGUUACAAUAGGAAAUUGUGAUAAAAAUCUAGAGAUUCUGGAGAAGCAGAUAAACGACAUCUCGAACAACUCUCAGAAUAUUUCUACAGAUGCUCAGGUUUUAACAACAGAUGCCAGUAAACUGACAGCUGAGAACAUCACUUCUGCUACUACAGUGGUCGGACAGAUCUUCAAUAAAACCAGAAAUGCUAACAGUGAGGCAAAAAAAGUUGCUGUAACCACAGUGAGUCAGAUUUUGGAUGCCAGCGAAGAUGUUUUUCAAAAAGCUGCUGAGAAUGACAAUAGCAACUCCUUUUCCAAUCUCAUUGAACAAAUGGAGAAUUACUCCUUUUCUCUGGGUGAUGAAGCAGUGGUGGAACCUAACGUAGCAAUCCAGUCAGUCAGUCGAAACAGUGAUUCAGGGCCAAGUGUUCUCUUCUCUGUGCAGAAAGGAUCUAGUGAUUCUCUGGUUUCCAGUGAAACAUCUAUUAACAAAACUGCAGAUGAACUCAAGCCAGAUGGACAGACUGAACUUCAGAUCUUACUUAAUACUGGGGGAAAUAAAAACUCCUGUGGUUUUGUGGUGUAUCAAAACCACAAACUUUUCCAAUCCAAAACUUUCACGGCCACAUCAGAUUUCAGUCAAAAAAUUAUCUCCAGCAAAGUAAAUGCCAGUGAACAAGAACAGAAUAACGUUUCUGUGAAAAUGGUAUUUAAUCCCACGUAUGACAAAAGAGAAUUCCAGCUUUACUCCUAUGCCUGUGUCUACUGGAAUAUUUUAAAAAAGGACUGGGACACAGCUGGCUGCCAAAAAAGCAUGAACACCUCGGGGUUCCUCGGUUGCCAGUGCAACCACACAACCAAUUUCGCUGUGUUGAUGAGUUUUAAAAAGGAUUACAAGUAUCCCAAAUCCCUAGACGUAUUAUCCAACAUUGGCUGUGCCUUGUCCAUUGCUGGUCUAGCUAUAACAAUCUUAUUUCAGAUUCUUACCAGGAAAAUCAGAAAAACCUCAGUAACCUGGGUGUUGGUCAGUUUGUGUAUAUCGAUGUUGAUUUUUAACCUCCUCUUUGUGUUUGGAAUUGAAAACUCCAAUAAGAACCUAAAGACAAGUGAUAGUAAUAGUGAUGCUAACCCUAAUGAAAACAAAAUACCAGAAACAGACACCAUUGAAACCCCGAAUCCCUCAUGCACAGCCAUUGCUGCCUUGCUCCACUACUUUCUGUUGGGGACAUUUACCUGGAAUGGACUCAGUGCCACACAGCUCUACUUCCUUCUGAUAAGGACCAUGAAGCCUCUCCCUAGGCACUUCAUUGUCAUCAUCUCAUUAGUUGGAUGGGGAGUUCCAGCAAUAAUAGUAGGUGUAACGAUCGGGAUCAUUUAUGCCCUGAGUGGGAACAAGUCAUACUGGGAGUUAGACUAUCGGCAAGAGGAAAUCUGCUGGCUGGCCGUUCCCAAGAACAAUGAUUUUGCCAGAAGUCCACUUUUGUGGUCGUUCAUCAUGCCAGUGACCAUUAUCCUCAUCACCAACAUUGCUAUAUUUGUCAUAAUCACAGUCAAAGUGUUGUGGAAGAACAACCAGAAUCUGACAAGCACAAAGAAGGUUUCAUCCUUAAAGAAGGUUCUCAGCACGUUAUCCAUUGCCGUUGUCUUCGGAGUUACCUGGAUCUUUGCCUACGCCAUGCUAAUUAAUAACGAUGACAUCAGGAUCGUUUUCAGCUACAUAUUCUGUCUUUUCAACACCACUCAGGGAUUACAAAUCUUCAUUCUCUACACCGUUCGAACGAAAGUAUUUCAGAAUGAAGCUUCCAAAAUACUGAAGUCGCUGUCUUCAUCCUUUGACCGAGCGAAGCCAAUGCCUUCAAUGACCCCGCUGAAACUGCGUAUGAGGAUGUAUAAUAUGCUCAGGUCCAUACCAUCCCUAAAUGAGCGAUUUAGGCUACUGGAGCCCUCUGUACUAACUGAGGAAACAUCACUGUCUUGAAAGUAACCAAGCAAAGCCAAGUGCCGAACGAGACUGUUACCUAUGAUGGUCGUUUCUAUCCAACUCAUAAGAAUUGAUCUAUUUAUGUUAGUCUCUAAGUCUCCCACAGUAUCUUCCUGAAUACAUGUUAAAACUCGCUGUUUAUUAUCACAGGGAGAAUGGAUUUUGUGGCUUUUUGUGGUUUUCACCAGAUUACGAUGUGAACCAAAAGAAGAACUGCACAGUGUCAGGAUGACCAUUGUUAUUAAGUCUGCAUGACACACUUUGACAAUUACGCAGAACUUACAACAAUUGUUUUUUACAAUGAGGAAACAUAUUACCUUCUAGAACAAAGUGGCUCCUGUUGCUUGCAUGCAUUAAACUUUUGCCAAUGGAGUUUGGCAACCAGUGUCCUCUUUAGGAAAAGGUGUUUUGUUUAAAAAAGUGUUUUGUGAUCAGAAUAAUCAACUCUGUAAGAAAUGGAUAGAAUAGAUUAGUAGACGGCUAAACCUCUAGUUAUUUACAGUGCAUGCACACAUACAUGCACACAUACACCUUUUAAUAUCUAUAUGGUUGAUUAUUGAUGAGAUUCAAAAUGAAAAAAUAAACUCAUAAUCACAUGUCUGGCUUUUAGGAGCUCUAGAUAGUCAUAGACCUCCAAACCCUUGAGCUGUGAAUGUCUUCCACUGCAGUGUAGGGAGAACCCCCUCUGAACUUAGGAGAUAGCUUCUUUGAAUUUUUGCUUUUUGUUUUGCCAGAAAACAGGCUUCUCCUGUGAGUGAAUGAACUAAGGAGCUAACAAGUUUCCUGUGAGCUUAGCUCAGGCUUCUUCUCAUCAUUCCCUAAAGACUGCAUUCUUUAGGGGUUUUUUGUUGUUGUUGUUUUUGGUUUUUUUUGUUUUGUUUUGUUUUUUAAUCUCUUUUAUAGCUGCAUGUACCUUGUGCAUGCAGUGUCUGUGGAGGCCAAAAGAGGGGUCAGAUCCCCUGGGACAUGCUGGUGCUAGGAAUUGAACCUGGGUUCUCUGGAAGAGCAUCCAGUGCUUUUAAAUGCACCAUUACUCAAAGAAUGUGCAUGCUCACAGAAAUGGUUGCUGUGUUCAGAAGUACUGAAGAAAAACCAUUCCGAAAGACCCAUACUCUAAGUGGCAUUAUAGUGCUACACCUCGAUAUGGGCUGGACAAAGGAAAAUAAGAUGUGAUGGACUCAAAAUUUUAUCAGAUGAAAAUAUCCCUUAAGCCCUGAGAACGUGUGUGUUGGGGGUGUGUGGGGGUGGCUCGGCCAGAGGAGGAUGUGAUUUCUGUUUCCCUUGAUGGCUAAAGUUAUUUGUUUUUUCAGUAUUUUUGGAGUAUACCAAGUAAAAUUCAAUAAAAUGUUCCUUUAAUUAUGCAAGGUCCACA